CGCUAAAUGACAAAAAAGACUUGAUUUUACAUUUGGUAUCCAGUGUCGUCUCCGAAUUCGCCACUUCUUCUCUGUACUAAACUAAACUAAUCGCUUGAAUCUGUGUAGAACAAUUCAUUUCCUUCCUGAUCAUGGCGAAUUCCGGCGCAGAGAAGAAGGAGAAGCUUAAGCUCUACUCUUACUGGAGGAGCUCGUGCGCGCAUCGUGUCCGUAUCGCCCUCGCUUUAAAAGGGCUUGAUUAUGAGUAUAUACCAGUGAAUUUGCUCAAGGGAGAUCAAUUCGAUCCAGAUUUCAAGAAGAUCAAUCCUAUGGGUACCGUACCAGCGCUUGUGGAUGGAGAAAUUGUCAUCUCUGAUUCUUUUGCCAUUAUACUGUAUCUGGAUGAGAAGUAUCCUGAGCCGCCUCUGUUACCUCGUGACCUCCAUAAACGUGCUGUAAAUUACCAGGCCGCAAGUAUUGUCUUUUCUGGCAUACAGCCUCAUCAAAAUCUAGCUGUUAUUAGGUAUAUCGAGGAAAAGAUAAAUGCUGAAGCGAAAACUGCUUGGGUUAAAGAUGCUAUCACAAAAGGAUUUACAGCUCUCGAGAAACUGUUGGUGAGCUCUGCUGGAAAGUAUGCAACUGGUGAUGAAGUUUACUUGGCUGAUCUCUUUCUAGCACCACAGAUCCAUGGAGCUGUCAACAGAUUCCAGAUUAACAUGGAACCAUACCCGACUCUUGCAAAGUGUUACGAGUCAUACAACGAGCUUCCUGUGUUUCAAAAUGCAGUCCCAGAGAAGCAGCCUGAUGCUCCUUCCACCAUCUGAUUCUGUGAACCGUAGUAAGCUACUCUCAGCUCAAUUAAAACCUCAGACGACAACAACACAAAGAUGAUAAUAAUAAUUACCUUGUACUCAUAUAUAGAUGUAUCAUACAAACCACUUUACUUCUUAGUUCCUCUAUUUGUAUCAUACAAUAAAGGUCACAGAGUUGUGAAUACUCUAAGAUAUCUUAUGCAUUCAGAGGAAGCCUUUGUCUUUAAGACU